UUGUUUGGUUGUUUAGGUGCACCCGAACCCAGACCGAUCACCUCAUCUUCGACUAAAAUUGUAUGAAUUUGCAGGAAAAAUAGUUGGGAAGUGCUUGUAUGAAUCUGCUCAGGGUGGAGCUUACAAACAGCUAGUCUGUGCACGCUUUACUCGUUCAUUCUUGGCACAAAUUAUUGGACUCCGGAUGCACUAUAAGUAUUUUGCAACAGAUGAUCCAGAAUUCUACAAGAGUAAAGUAUGUUACAUCUUGAAAAAUGAUGUGAGUGAAAUGGACCUCGUUUUUGCUGAGGAAAAAUACGACAAGUCGGGACAUUUGGAGAAGGUUGUAGAACUGAUAGCUGGAGGUGCACAGAUACCAGUAACCAAUGACAACAAGAUAUUCUACCUGAACAUGUUAGCACAGUACAGAUUGGCCAGUCAGGUGCGGCAAGAAGUGGAGUAUUUCCUUAAAG